UAGACACCGGCUGAACUUAAAUACUUCGCCGUUGUCUCACAUCGUUCAUUUCGCUGAAAAAAUCCAAGGUUUUCCCCAGAUGUUUUCUUUAGGCGCGCCAAAUAAUAACUGCAUGUGACACGAGGACAUCCCGCUGUCGCGCGGUAACAGGUAGCCAAGAGAACUGACAUCACCGAAUUUCAAAUCGAUAUCAUAGGAACCCAGAAUACUCUUUAAAAAAAAAAAAAAAAACAAACAAACAAACAAACAAACAAAAAAAAAAAAAAAAAAAAAAAAAACUGAUCGUCCGCUGGAGUGACACGCUCACUGGAAAGAGGGCAUCUUUCUCACGGAUUUGAUGGAUGUUUGAUCGGUUGGUGAUGCCCAUUUAUAUCAUCGACCGCAAAUUUCCAGAGACACCUGGCGAGUUUCUACAAGCUGCCCCAGAGGGACAGCAGACCAUGGCCGACAAUAACACCCAGAAAAAAAAGCCCCAUUGGACCUCACUGGAGAUUGGUCUCCUGACAAUUGUAUCUUUACUCUUUGUCAUUAUUGUGGCUCUCAUCAUCCUCUUCAUCACACAGAGUGGCAAAGAUGGAGUUUGCAUAACAGCUGACUGCACACAGUCAGCAUCCCGCCUUAUUGAGAACAUGGAUCCCACUGUAAAUCCGUGCGAAAACUUUUACCAGUACGCCUGUGGUGGCUGGCUUAAAAAGAACAUCAUACCUGAGACGAGCUCACGUUACAGCACCUUUGACAUCCUCAGAGAUGAAAUGGAGGUGGUACUCAAAGGGGUGCUGGAAAGAGAGAACAGUGGAAGCAGCAGCUCAUUGGCCAAGGCCAAGAUUCUCUACAGGUCCUGCACCAAUGAGAGCCUCAUUGAACAGAGAGGUGGGACUCCUCUUCUUAAAAUGCUGCCAGAUGUCUUUGAGUGGCCAAUAGCAACAGAUGAUUGGGACACCACCUACGGACUUAAUUGGAGAGCAGAGGAUGCCAUAGCCAAACUGAAUGAGAAAUAUGGAAAGCAAGUCCUAGUUAGCUUUUUUAUCGGUACAGACGACAGAGACUCCAAUGCGCACAUCAUUCAUUUUGACCAGCCAAGUCUUGGCCUCUCCUCAAGAGACUACUACGUGUGCACUGGGCCCUAUGAGGAGGCCUGUGUGACAUACGAGAACUUCAUGACUGACUUGGCGAAGCUUAUCCGAACUGACCGGCAGCUGGAAGUCAAUGACACUAAUAUCAGACAAGAGGCUUCCCGGGUGAUGAUGAUGGAAAAGGAAAUUGCUAAUGCAACAGACACACCAGAAGACAGAAACAACCCGGUUCUACUUUAUAACAAGAUGCCUUUGGAGACCCUGAACACCAAUUUCACCCUGGAUAUUAAUUCCAGGGUGUUCAACUGGACGCACUUCACUAACAAGAUCAUGGACACAGUUGGCGUUCCCGUUACAGACAGUGAGGAGGUUAUUGUGUAUGCCCCUAAUUACUUAAAGAGGCUCAGCCCUGUCCUUGCCAAGUACACUAAGAGGGACAUUCAGAACUACAUGGUGUGGCGCUUCAUAAUGAAUCUGGUGGUCGGUCUGAGUAGGCCAUACAGGGAGACCAGGAAAGCCUUCAGAAAGGCUAUCUAUGGGACCAGCUCUGAAGCAGCGGUUUGGAGGCAGUGUGCCAUCUACGUAAACAACAACAUGGAAAAUGCUGUGGGGAGAUUGUACGUGGAGGAAGCCUUUGCUGGAGAUAGCAAAGGAAUGAUGGACGAGAUGAUCGCUAACAUCAGAGAGGUGUUUGUAAGUAACCUGGAUGAACUAGCUUGGAUGGACGCUGAAACUAAGAAAGCUGCAGAGGAGAAGGCACGAGCAAUCCGAGAAAGAAUUGGUUUUUCAGAAAACAUCAUGAAUGACACAUACCUAGACCAGGAGUACCAAGAUUUAAGCUACAAUGGAGAUGAAUACUUUGAGAACAUUCUGAAGAACUUGGAAUUUGGUCAGAAGAAACGGCUGAAGAAAUUAAGAGUAAAUGUGAACAAACAAGAGUGGAUCACAGGAGCUGCUGUGGUCAAUGCAUUCUACUCAUCUAGCAGAAACCAAAUAGUAUUUCCUGCAGGUAUUCUUCAGCCUCCAUUCUUUGGUAAAGGUCAGCCCUGGUCUCUGAACUACGGAGGCAUCGGCAUGGUCAUUGGACAUGAGAUCACACAUGGUUUUGAUGACAAUGGACGUAAUUUUGACAAAGAUGGUGACCUCAAAGAUUGGUGGACUCCAUCUUCGACUCAGAAGUUCCAUGAGCUUUCGAAAUGUAUUGUGGACCAGUAUGGGAGCUUCUCUUGGGACUUGGCGAAUGGACAAAAUCUAAAUGGGAAUAAUACCCUUGGGGAGAACAUUGCUGACAAUGGGGGUAUUCGCCAGUCUUAUCAAGCCUACCAGAACUAUGUGAAGAAACAUGGAAAGGAAGCUCCUCUGCCUGGAACUGACCUCAGUCAUGAGCAACUUUUUUUCCUUAACUUUGCACAGGUUUGGUGUGGAACACAUAGACCUGAACAUGCUGUCAACUCAAUCAAAACUGACGUCCACAGUCCAGGGAAGUUCAGAGUCCUUGGUUCAUUACAGAACUUUCCAGAGUUUGCCAAAGCCUUUCAGUGCCAGAAACACAACUACAUGGUGCCUGAGAAGAUUUGCCGGGUGUGGUGAUGACUCUUGGGAUAGAAGAUGAGGGUUUAAUUGAGGACCUGUGGUCCGUAGACCCUCUCACCUCUCUGUUGACUCUUAGACCACUGUGGCAGAAGCUGAGAAAUGUUCUCAACAGGGUAAGCUAGGGUCGCUACGCUCAGCUCCACUAGUGCACUUGAGCAAUUUAUGGAGAGUGGGAACUGUCUCGAUUCACUCCUACAAGCAACAGCCAAUUUUUUGUAUUUUAGUCAGUGCAAUCUUUACUCAAUCCAUGGCUCUUACUGUUUGUAUACACUAUGACAAAUCUAAAAUGACAACUAUGUAAGUAGAGAUACUGUCAACAUUUUGUAUCACUUUUUGUUAAUAUCAAGUAAAACUGUGAAUUGGCUAUAUUAGUAGCAUUCUAUAUAGGCCUAUACAUAUUUAUCACAAUACCUGUAUAACUCCACUGCUUGUACCACCACUGUUCAACCAGAACAGAUUCUGUAUGAUGCUACCCAGAUAUGCCAAGAAUUGUAUGUAUAAUACUAUGGGAGUUAAUUGAUAUUUCAGUGAACUACCAGGAAAUUAUUACACUCUGUAUUCAUUUAUCUGAAAACAAGCAAACUAUCUAAUUUGUAUUCAUCACAGUGUAAAUUAAAAAUAUGUAGAUUAAUUUGUAAUUUGUGUCAAUGGAUUUUCCAUAGAAAAUGUCAUAAUAUCAUAAAUGAUUAACUGAGAAUAUGACAAACUGUCAAAUGACAUGUCUUGUGACAGCAGAAGCACAGGAGAUAUGAAAUUCAAAUGUAUUUGAGUGUACUUGUGCGAUGGUCUACAUUUUUUUUUUCUCAUUGUAUAUGCUAGCCUUGACAUUUGCUUGUAUGAAUGGGUGUGGAUGUGACAAAUAAUCUGCAGCCUGUCUGCCAUGAUGGACUAAAAGCCUUAAAAUUAGCUAUUGAUGUUGUCAUAUGAAGUACAAGGCUACAUUAGUCAUACUGAGGUCAGUCCAUGCACACAAUAAAUAUUUAUGCCAAAGAUUUUUACACUUACCCUCGCUCUGUGAUCUAGAAAAUUUGAUAUGGUAGUUUCCGAACUGCUGGUCCAAACACACCCUUCAUAAACUCAUAAGCAAUGACACAUACUUCCAAAACUAAUGUUACUCUUUUCUUUUACUACAUUAAUGAAAAUGUAUAUGAUUAUAUUAGUGAUAUUGUUAGUGAUCAGGUAACUAUGUAUUUUACAUGAGCCGAACAAGAUUAUUUUCAAGGGCAUUGGGAUAUUGUAGGCUAAAACAUGAACUGCAAAAAAUCAUUUUGUAUGUUUGUCAUGUUUUCCAGCAAAAAUAUCUAAACAUACAUAUAACAAGAUAAAUAUACUUGAAAAUCAAAUUGACAUAAGAAAUUAAAUCUUGCUCUCAGUGAAAUCUAAGAAAAUGCUGUGAGAUUUAUGCUUAAAAAAUCCCAAUUAGAUACAUUUUGUUAGAUUUUUCUGCAAACAAGACUUAAUAUCUUGCCAUUUUGGUCUUCAAUAUCUUGUUUUACAGGAAUAGUUCAUCCAAAAAUAAAAAUAUCUCAUCAUUUACUCACCAUCAUGCCAUGACAGAUGUAUGUCUUUCUUUCUUCUGAAGAACACAAAUUAAGAUUUUUAUAAGAGUAUCUCAGCUCAGAAGGUCCAUACAAUGCAAGUGAAUGGGUGCCAAA